AUGCCGGGAUCAGAGCUAUGGAGCCAUUUACAAGGACCCCGGCUGCAGACAUCCUUGGGAGUUUGCCCCGCGCCUGAAUUCAAGCCCCUGGAGAGCCAAGCGCCGGCCUGCCUCGAGGGUGGCAGGGAGUGCAAGAGCCUAGCAGAGCGUGGUCAGCUCAAGCAGUUUGCCAAGUCCAUUGACGAGAGCCUGAAGGAAGCCGUGGAGACUGCGAAAGAAGCACGCAAGCGCUUUGAACGCCGUGUGUGUGAUUUCCGAUAUGCAGAGGUUGAGGACAAGGGCCAGGUGCUGGCUGAUGCUUAUGGUCCCAAUGGCCCCAUGGCCCCUGGUGGCAGCUACCUCUACGAGCUCAGGCGCUGGGUGGACUCCGUGCAGGAACUGAACCACGAGUGCUCCAUGCGCCAAGGCGAUCGCUGGCCAUGGAUGAGCUUCGCCCGGGCCGUGGCCUUCUCCCGGCGCCGGCACUGGCGCCAGAGCUUGGUGCUUCUCGAAGGCGGCAACGGCGUCCACAUAGCCGGUGCUCAGCUGGAUGCGCUGGCUGCGGGCAGCCGCUGGUGCGAGGCGCUUCGGCUCCUGUCACGCUUGCGGAGGGUGGACGUGGGCUGCUUCGGCGCCGCUGCCAGCGCUUGCGCGCGAGCAGCCGUUUGGGAGCGAGCGCUUUGUUUGCUUGAGGAGAUGCCCUUGGUAGGAGUGCAAGCUAACACGGCCUGCUUUACAGAAGUUGCACGAGGCCUGCUGCGCGGUGGCCGGGUGCUGCUACGGCCGGGUGUCGUGGGCACACAUGGAGAGGAGAUUCCUUUCAGAGCUGUCCAGGUGCACUUCCCGCAAGCGGAUGGCAUAGCCAUGAGGACUUGGAUCUCUGCAUGCGAGCAGGCCCAGCACUUGCUGGAGUACAGCUUGGCACUUCGAGGAGCCAAGCGACUUUUGCUGCGGCCUUUACCGCUCGGUGAGCUGACCGUUCUCGCAGCCUCCAUCCAUGCGGCAAGUGCCACAGGCAUCCCGCGCACGGUGCUGCAAGCUACAAUCGCGCCACUGAAGGAGGCGCAGCUGCAGUGCCUCGUCACAGACCUUGGCUUGCUGUCGAGCAGCCUUCUGGAAGCGGUGGGCGUUUGCGGGACUCGCAACCAUCAUGCUGCAGAGGCUUUGGCAAAACAAUUGCCUCGUGCUGGACGGCUGCCAAUGUCACACCAAGUGG